AUGGCCGGGUUCCUCCCCCUCCUCCUCCUCCUCCUCUCCAAUGUACUUCUGCGGCCGGUAGUCGCCACCAGCGGUGGAUCUUAUGGCCUGGGCGGGGGACCGGAGGAAUUCACGGAGGAGCUGCUGCUGAAGCCCUUGCCCGAUCGGAAGGUCCUUUCCCACUUCCACUUCGAGAGUAGGACCCCUCCGUCGAGCGCUAAUGGCCGCCACCACAGCCUCUUCCCAAAGGCCAUCGCACAGCUGGUACGAGUAAUCCUCACUGCAGCCGCUUCCCUGGUCCCUGAAUCUUCCACGUUUUAUGAUGUCUCGUUCUGCACACUAAUCGUGAUUAGUGGAGCUCGGGAAUUGGACAUUAGUUUUUGCUUGAGUGCGCUGGAUAUAUCGCGAAAAACUUCGGUAUCAAAUUGGCCCGACCUCCUUGCAAUUUUUUCCCCUCUUUCUCUGAUCCGUUCAUGAUUUGACUAGGGUUGUGGACUUCUGCAUUCUACCUUAUAGUUUCUCUUGCUCACAUUUUGUGGAAAAUUUCUUUCGAUCUAAUUAUAGUUUUAGGGUAUUUUUUAAAAAAAAUCCUUCAAUCUCAGUGAAGGAAUUUUCAUUUCUUUUAUAUCUCAGCGUAUGAUCCCACUUCAUGUCGAAUUGUUGAACCUAGAUACUUGGAAUGAUGUUUCGAGGAAAUAUCUAUUUAUUAAAUUGAAUAAGAUACCCAUUUGUGUUAUCAGAUGCCAGGAUUUGGUCUGUUUCUGAAUUUUAUCAAAUGGUGGAAGUUAUGAGUUUGGCGUCAAAUUUGCAUAAUUCGCCAAUCAGAUUCUGCUAGUUUGAAACUUAGGGCACUUAAUCACGAAUUUUAUUGCCGUUUCGUUCCAAUCCUUCAGGAACCUUGCGUAUUUUGGUUAUUAAUAAUUUUACUUAUUCCCUUUUGUUUCAACGGUCCGAAACAGGCCAAUAAAUUUCGAAUCCAAGAGCUGGAGCUGUCAUUCACUCAGGGACGUUGGAACUACGAGAGGUGGGGUGGAUUGGAUUACAUAUCUAGUGCCAAUGCAAAGCCCCCUGGGGUUGAACUGUGGGCCAUUUUUGAUCUUCCUACUGAUCAGAUCGACGCCACAUGGAAGAAUCUAACACAUGCUCUAUCAGGCCUCUUCUGCUCUUCCAUUAAUUUCCUAGAGUCAACAACUGCCUUCUGUGCUCCUAGAUGGAGCUUCAAAGGUCACUCUAUCAACUUAAGAUAUGGUGCACUGCCCCGAGAGGCUGUGUGCACUGAAAAUCUCACACCCUGGUUAAAACUUCUGCCCUGUCGAGACAAAGCUGGUCUCGCUAGUUUAUUGGAUAGGUCAUCUAUUUACAAGGGUUAUUAUCACUCUCAGAGAUUGCAUCUGCUUUCAACUAAAUCGACUGGAAUAGUACUUGAGCAGACAUUAACUGUUGUGAUUCAACCCAACCCAAAAACAACUCCAGUUUUUGCAAGUGAGAAACUACUUCAGCCUAAUUGGUCUGUCAGCUCAGUUUUCAAAAGGGCUAUUACGGGAAAAUGCGCACUUUCUAAGUCAAGCAAGGUGUUCUUUGAGUUGGAAAAGGGUCUAGUUGGUGAAAUGGAUAGGUUGGUAUCAAGUGGCUCGUACCUUGGUGAGAGUUUUGACUUGUCUGUUUCACCAAAUACGAUUGUCAGAGAAAUGGAUGCCUUGGAUGGUCACAGAGAUUCUGUCUUUUUUGAGUACAAUAUUGCCAACCACAGUGAGACCAAUCCUUUAGAUGUUGGGAUUACAUGGAAGCUUCCGCUCGUCUGGUCAAAUCCCCAAGCACCUUUUCAUGCCAAUAGAUUUCUAAUGGGAAGUGGAAAUGAGAGAGGCUCAAUUGCCAUUUCUUUGCAGUCUACACAGACAAUAGAAUUAUCAGCCUAUGCAUGUAUGAUGCAAGUUGUUAUUUUUCAAAUGGUCCCGUGGUAUGUCCGAGUUUACUAUCACACUUUGCAAAUUCUUAUAGAUGGAAAGCCUCAGAAUGUCUCCGACAUUGUUGCGAAGAUACUAGUCUCUCCUUCAGAAGACAAAGUGGCUCCUGGGAUUAUGGAAAUUAUGCUUACAAUUCCUUGCACUACUGAGUCUGCAGUAUUAACCAUGGAUUUUGACAAGGUUUGUCUGCCAUCUUGUCUUCUUAUGUUUACAUCAUUUUUCUGAGCAAGCCUACCUUAAAUUGUUAAAAUAAUAAAGGUUAUGGUUUUCAUUUUCUGUUAUAUCCUUCUUCUGGAUAAAAGCAUCUCUGUGAUGGAAUAUUAUAAUUGUUUUCCAUUCCUCAUUUUCACUAAGUUUUUUUUUUCAGGGCUUUUUACACAUAGAUGAGUAUCCCCCUGAUGCCAACCAGGGAUUUGACAUUCCAGCAGCAAUUAUUAGUUUUCCUAAGUUACCCGCCAAGGAUGGCAUUCUUGAGGGGAACAUGGAUAGAUCGCCUUUACUAUCUAAAUUUCAGGUACGAUUUCAGAUAACUCUUGUGUUUUUUUUGUCUUGGGUAAAUAAAUGGAUGGUGAAAAAAGCACAUUUUGCUCUCUCGUCUUUCUUUUUUAUAUUUCCUCUUUUUUUUCUCUGCAGGAAAGAAAUCUUGUGCAGUCGUACACAGAAGUACUGCUGGUCCCUUUAACUACCCCUGAUUUUAGCAUGCCUUACAAUGUUAUUACAUUCACUUGUACCGUUUUAGCGUUAUACUUUGGGUCACUUCUCAAUGUCCUGCGGCGGCGGGUUGCUGAGGAAGAGAGAUUGUUGUCCAAAGGUAACUCUGGGGUUUGGGUAUUUAAAAUUUAUUUCCAGCACGUUGGUAACAAGUUGCAUAUUUUUCGUGAUGGCUAAAGUUCUCUAUCAUGUUGUCCUACUUUUAUUUUUCAAACUUCAUGUUUUUUUAACAGCAGUGCACGGGUAUGGUGCCAUUUCGUUAUGAUCCAUUGAGCAAUUUUCACCUCAAGGAUCAUAUAUCAACUUUCAGAUAUUUUUCUCUGUUUACAGCAUAUUAAUUGUAUAUUCAGUCAAUCGCAUUUAUCUCAUGUUUGCCAGAAUUCUCUAUUAUAUUAUCCUAGUUUUAUUUCUUAAUCUUCAUAUUGCUUCAACAAAUAUGGCACAAAGUGUAUGUGAGCAUUGAUUUAAGAUCAAUCUAUCAAGAUUUUUUUGAAGCUCCACGUUCUGCCCUUCAGAAGAUUUGCCCGUAUUCUCACUUUCCUCAGAGAAAAGAAAGCCUAAGAGUAGAUGGCUUUAGAACUUUGUAAUUCAUUAUGCUGCAAGGUGAUGUCCUACUGCUUGAAAAAUGAUGCUAGAAAGCGGCUACUAGCAUUAUACUCUUCUUGGCUGAGUAUCUGGUGCUUUAGUCAACUCUUACUUCGUCUCAUAGGUUGACAUUAGGAAGUGCCUAUCGGUGAAAGUCUUUUUGGAAACCGGAACAUCUGAGUUGGGCGAUUUCUUAGGGAUCAAACUGAAUGAUCCUAGGAGUAAUACGGGGGGCCUUGCUGCUAUUGACAUCAGAGACUGAGCUUGAUUUCCAGCCUUUCUCAUUAUAUACUGAAAGAGCUCAGUGCUGAGAAUGCUAAGCUUCUUCGAAACAUGAUACAUGCUCCUUUAUUCUUAAUGAAACUCGGAAGUAGCGUUCCAUUUUCCGUCGUGUUUUCAAUAAAUUGAUGUGUGCCUUUUCUUCUUUUUUUCUCCUUCUGGCAGCGGCCACCUCACAGGGAUUGCUUCGCAAGCUCAUAUCAAAGUUCUCUUCCAAAUUUCUGGGAAGAAACCCGGGGUCAACGCAGACCCAAUCAUCUCCUCCUACAGCGGGCUCUGGGGUGUUGUUUAAGGUCAUUGCUGUGGCGCUGUUAGCGGUCAUUUGGCAUUAUUUUCUCAGUGACAGCUCGAACUGA